UACGCGUCGGUUCUGAAGUUGAGAAGUUGAGAAAAAUAAUUUGAAUAUUUUGUGUUUAGUAACUUCAAUUACUUAGUGUCUUCAAUUAAAGCUCGUCUUUUUUUCCUCUAUGUAUAAUUACAGAAAAAGUUAAUGUUGGCCUUCAGUUGUCAUAUACAUUGAUACAGAAAACAACAUGGAAAAACGCUCAAAUGCAGAAAGAACAUUUUUAAGCAGUUGAUAGAGACAAAACAAUAUUAUUUACUUAUUUUCGGCUAAAUCUUAACGAAAUCUAUUUAAAUCGAGACAAAGAAAAAAUUAAUUAAGAAAGAAAUUAUUCUAAAUCUUAUAUACCUUAACUUAAAACCAAAACAAAAACACUUUAGACAACUUAAAAAAUAGAUUAAACGCUUUUUGUCGCUUUAGUAAUAUAAAUACGAAAAAUCUGUAUCUUCCGUUUUCUUCCAUUGCUGAAGAUUUAUACUUUUGCUUAGUAAGCAAAUUGAAGUAAAAUUUUUUCAACUUGAAAAUAGUUAAUUGUUAUCAACCCGUUCAAGUAAUACAAAGCAGCUUAAUAAUUAAUAUUAAAGUAGUAGUAUCUAUUAAAUAAUUUAAUUAAAUUAAAGACAAUUUAUUAAAAAACAAAAUCGCGCACAUUGCAAAUAAACUGCUUCCUUAGUAAAAUAAAAUAACAAAAUAGAAAUUGUAUCUGCUAUAAUCAAAAUCAAAUAUUUAAAGAAGACAAGACAAAAAACUGCAAAAUACAAAUUUCAAAAUGGCUCACAAACCUGAUACCGAAAGUUCUGUCUCACACGACGUACUGCUGGGCGGUGUAGGACCUUCACACAUGGCAAGUAGUAGCGGUGGUGGAGGCGUCACAUCAACUAAUUCAAAACUGGACAGCAUCUUCAGCGAGGAUGCAACCGUUUACACACCCAUACCACAGUUUUAUGCUGGUCGUAGUGUUUUUAUUACAGGAGGUACCGGCUUUAUGGGCAAGGUACUUGUUGAGAAAUUGCUCCGCUCCUGUCCAGAUAUAAAAAAUAUUUAUUUACUGAUACGACCCAAAAGAGGACAAGAAGUUUCUGCACGUCUGAAUGAACUCCUAAAUGCACCGCUUUUUGAAUCAUUACGAAAGGAGAAGCCCAAGGAAUUGAGUAAAGUUAUUCCAAUAUCAGGUGAUAUUACAUCUGAAGAAUUAGGUAUUUCUGAAAGUGAUCAGGCUCUAUUAUGUCGCACAGUCUCUAUAGUAUUCCACUCAGCUGCCACUGUCAAGUUCGACGAAAAGCUCAAAUUGUCAGUCACAAUCAAUAUGUUAGGGACAAAACGUUUAGUGGAGUUGUGCCACCGCAUGAUGUCUCUAGACGCACUGAUUCAUGUGUCCACUGCCUAUUGCAAUUGCGAUAGAACCGAUGUUUCGGAGGUUAUUUAUGCACCCCCUUAUAAUCCUGAUGAUAUUAUUUCACUUAUCAAUUGGCUUCCUGAAGAAAUGUUGGACCAGCUCACUCCUACACUGAUUGGCAAGCGUCCCAACACUUACACAUUUACAAAAGCCUUAGCGGAACACAUGCUGCUAAAAGAAGCUGGUAACCUGCCGGUAGCUAUUGUUCGACCAUCCAUUGUAAUUGCUAGUUUGAAUGAACCUUUUGCCGGUUGGGUGGAUAAUUUCAAUGGACCUACCGGACUCGUGUCAGCCGUUGGAAAAGGACUCUUUCGUACAAUUAUGUGUGAAGAGAAUAAUGUGGCCGAUAUGGUACCUGUCGAUAUUGUGAUUAAUUUAAUGAUUGCGGCUGCCUGGCGCACCGCGACGCAAAAACUAGAUAAUUUAUUAAUUUAUAAUUGUUGUACUGGUCAGCGCCACCCCAUCACGUGGGGCCAAUUUGUGAGUUAUGCUAUGGCGCAAGUGCGAAAACAUCCUUUGGAGGGUUGUUUAUGGUACCCAACUGGUGUUUUGCGUAUGAAUCGACCUCUGAAUAUGGCGCAUGGCUUCUUGGUGCACUAUGUGCCGGCAUAUAUUUUGGACUUAGUUGCUCGUUUAAUGGGAAAGAAACCAUUUAUGGUCCAUAUACAAAACAAAAUAGCGAAAGCUGUUGAAUGUUUGGAAUAUUUCGCGACACAUGAAUGGCAAUUUAAGGACGAUAAUGUGCAUUCUUUACUAAAUAUGCUCAGUCAAAAGGAUCGAGAGACAUUUAUUUUCGAUGUGAGAUCAAUAGACUGGGAAAAUUAUGUGGAACGUUAUGUGCUCGGCUUUAGGGAAUUCUUAUUUAAGCAACGUCCAGAAUCGCUGCCGGCAAGUAGGAAUCGUAUGGUGCGUUUGUAUUACUUACAUCAAUUGACAAAACUUGUGGCUGUUAUACUCACUUGGCGAUUCCUGAUGGCACGUUCGAAGCGAUUAAAUGAUCUGUGGACAGGAUUUUUACAAAACGUUGUGAAAAUUAUUCGCUUGAUACCAUUUUUGUAAUAAAAACAUUUUUUAUAUAAAUCUUAAACUGUUAAGGAUAGUUCAGCUGCAAUAACACUUAAGUUAAGUUAAUUGCAAAGUAGCAAAAACAAAUCAAUGUAGUCAACACCCAACAGAAUUUUCGAAAUGCAGUAGAGUGGAUCUUAUAAUCAGGAAGUUUUGAAUAAUUCUAAAACAUUAAAUGAAAAGGACUUUUCGAUUUAUAUACCAGCAAUUAUGUUUCAUUAUUAAUUGUUAUUAAUAUAUUUUAAAUAGUGUUUGUAAAUCACUUGUGGGUUAGAAAUGUCAUUAACCUAAUUUCGCUCAUUUUUUAACAUUCUUUUUUCAACAUAAUUUGCAUAAAGUUUUUGUUAAUAAAUAUAAAAAUUUUCUUAACCACAAAAAUAUUAUUCAUAAUAUUAAUCUUAUAUAAAGAGUAUGUUAGAUAUAUAGUCAAAGGAGUGCAUUAACAAAUAUGUAUAAAGAGUUAGUUAAGGCUUUUGAGUAAUAUUUUUGCUGUCAUACUUUUUGGGCAUUUUUGAAUAGAUUAUGAUUAUAUAUGUAUUUAAUAACUAUAUAUAUAAAUUAUGUGAAAUUAUGUACUAACUUAUUUGCAUGGCUAUAGGGUAUAAUAUUACUUGUAUUAGAGAAUUUAGUCAAGUGUUUUCUACAUUUUCAAUAGGUCUAUUCAAUGCUUGUAAAAUAUAAGUUGAAUAGAAAAAUAAAUACGAGUAUGUAACAAAAAAAUUAAAUAAAAUUUUUAUAUAAAUUUAAUUAAUAUAAUGCUAAUAUGGUAUUUGAAGAAAUUACGUAUUAUUUAAAGUUUAUAACAUACAAAAAACUUAA